UUCACUAUAUGGUGCCAUCUUAGUACUGGGGUUUGAAUGACGAGAGAAGCAAAUCACCAUUUCUAAGACCUUGCAACAGAAUGGAAGCUUUCAACUUGAGAACAAACAGACUGAGAAAGAAAUCCACAAACCCUAACAGAUCUAAGCAUCUACUCUCCGUCUCCAUCCUCGCAAUCUUCCUCCUCUUUUUCAUCUUCAACAACUCCACCUUCUUCCCCACUUCUCUAAAAACCACCCAAUGUCUCAAACUUCAAACCCUAAAACCACACAAGUUCUUAUGGUACGCGCCGCACAGUGGAUUCAGCAACCAGCUCUCUGAAUUCAAGAACGCUCUGCUAAUGGCUGCCAUACUUAACCGCACACUCAUCGUCCCCCCUGUUCUCGAUCACCAUGCGGUUGUUCUCGGAAGUUGCCCUAAAUUUAGGGUUUCUGAUCCCAACGACCUUCGUUUUGCGGUGUGGAAUCAUGUCAUUGAGCUGAUUCAAAGCCACAGAUACGUAUCAAUGGCAGAUGUAAUAGAUCUUUCAUCAUUGGUUUCUGAUUCUGCAGUUCAAGUUAUCGAUUUCCGUUAUUUUGCGUCUCUGUUUUGUGAUAUAGACGUUAACGAUUUCUGUGUUAAAGAUACAAAGAUGGAAGAUUUAUUGUUGGAAAAACUAAAACAAUGUGGAUCUUUACUAUCUGGGUGCAGUGGUGAUGUAAAUGACUGUGUAUAUGCUGUUCAAGAGGAUUGCAGGACAACAGUUUGGACAUACCAAAAAGAUGGCGAAAAUGGAUCGCUAGAUUCUUUUCAACCGGAUGAGCAGCUCAAAAAGAAAAAGAAGAUUUCGUUUGUUAGGCGAAGGAAAGAUGUGUAUGCUACCCUUGGUCCUCAUUCUAGAGCAGACUUAGCCACUGUUUUAUCGUUCGGUUCGCUUUUUACAAGCCCAUAUAAGGGCUCUGAGUCAUACAUUGAUAUUCAUGAAGCUCCCGGAGAUCAAAGGAUUCAGUCUUUGAUAAAAAGAGCUGAGUUUCUUCCAUUUGUAAAUGAGAUUUUGGAUGCAGGGAAAGCAUAUGCUCUUCACACAGUAAAGUCACCUUUCCUGUGUGCACAACUUAGACUAUUGGAUGGGCAGUUCAAGAACCACCGAAUGGCUACUUUUCAGGGGUUAAAACAGAAACUAGAUUCUUUAAAACAAAAGGAGAGUUUGCCAGUUCAUAUUUUUGUAAUGACGGAUUUACCCAGGAGUAACUGGAGUGGAACUUAUUUAGGGGAUCUAACAAAUGACCCAGAUUCUUUCAAGUUAUUUCGUCUUUCUGAAAAUGAUAAUUUGAUUAAAGAAACUGCCAAGAAAGUUGUAGAUGAAGGUCAUAGUUUGAAGUUUGGAGAUUCUUUGAAUAACGGGGUUAAGAAAGAUUGUCGUAAGGGUCAAAUCUUACCUGAUAUUCUUCUACAUGUUGAAGAAACUGUUUGUAGCUGUGCUUCUCUUGGUUUUGUUGGGACUGCGGGAUCUACAAUUGCAGAUACCAUUGAAAUGAUGAGAAAGAAACAAAUAUGUUCUCACUGAAGUUUGACAUUUUUCUUAAGGCAUUUGAUACACAAAAUGAACCCUGUUUCACACAUAACCUUUGAGAAAUCGGAAGUUUUUACGUCUGGGGUGCAAAAGCAUGAAGUCAGGCACAUUUCAAAUGUUGGAUUGCUGCGAAAUAUCUCAGGUUUAUAUAAGAUCUAGCAGCUCAACAAAGUGUGUCCUUAAUCUUGCUUGAAAUGUGUAUUUUGGUCAAUGUAAGUGAUCUUGAUUUUAUACAUAAAUAGGAAGUGAGUCAAUUGUAAUUGAAUUCUGAACUUCUCCACGUGAUGAUCAUUAUUGAGAAAGAAGAGGAAAGAGUAAUUUUUAUGUUCAUAA